GAGAGAGAAAGAGAGAGAGAGAGAGAGAGAGAAGUUAGCUGAGCUCACACGCUCCCACAAAUCACUUUGUCACCAGCAAGCUCUGACAAGCACCAGGAGAGAGGGAGCGCACAGGGAGAAAGGCAGAGAGAGAGGGAGUUAAAUAGAGGUGCGAAUAGGGAGUUGUGUCAGACGAGACAUAAGAGGGAAGGUGUGAAGGAGGGAGCUCCACAGGGCAUAAAUGAGGUGAUACAGAUGGACAGAUGGAUAGAAGGAACAGAGGACAGAAACUACAAUCCGAUUCUCAAAACACUGUGAGCUCAGAGGGACUUUGACUCCUGCUACUGCUGUCGUUACUACUGCUGUUUCUGGAUGCUGCACUCAUUUAAAGAGAAGGUGUGUCAAACUUCAUAUUCUGUUACUUAGAGGACAGUGUUUGAUUGACAGAAGCUGUGUUUUUAAUCCUCUGAUAACAUCUCUGUUUCCGCUGUUUUUAAUCUCAGAGAUCAUUGAAACACAGAGAUCACAUUAUUGUUGUGUUUGAGAAUGAAGACACAGUCACAGAGACAGCUGCUGUGUGUGUAAAUGGGCAUGAAUCGGAGGCGUUGAAAGCAUUUUUUGGUGAACUGCAGCUGUACACAGAUCACAUGCUGUUAUUGCUAAAAAAGAGGUAGUCAGACUGGAGAGCGAUACAAGUUUAUCAGAUGUUUUUCUUCUGUGGUGAAGUAUCUUGAUGGUGUUUAAAUGGUGUAGAAUAAGUUAGAUUUUGGAAAUACUACAUUAUUCUUUUCUUUCUGUGAACCGUGGAUUAUUUGAUUAGCUCUGGGUUGACUUGAAGCUCUUGGGGUCAUCUGAUCAAAUUUAGAAACAGAGAACUAGGAAGAACAUUUUUUCACUUUAGACACAAGCCGUUUCGUUGCUAUUUUCUCUUCCAUAGUGACAUUUAAAGAGGGUUUACUUGACAUCACAUCCAGGUACAGGGGACUUCUGAAUGUGCAGAGACCUUGUGGGUCAAAGAGGACAGGAAACAGUGUCAGCUGAAAACCCUUAGACUCAGAUAUUAAGUACGUCCGGCUCUGCCAGAACCACUUUUCAUUCUGCUGAGUGCUAUGAAACUACCUUCAUUUUAGCUGAGCGGAUCUCUCGGGACAUGUAAAGAGAGACUGCCUGCUAAGCAACACAGCCCUGAGCUGACACGUGGAGGUUUAUAUACUUGCCUAAAGUAAGACAGGAUUAACUUUAAUAUUGCGGUUGGAGGCUUGAAAUCGUACGAAUCACAAGUUGGUGUGUGAGUACAGAAACAGCUCUGUUGCAUAUUUGAGCAUUGUUAGAUUGUUUUAGACUCACUGAGGGUCUUCUGAGUCUUGGGGACGCUGUACAUGUUAGGUUGGGCUCUGUUAGCAUUUGACAGCUCCGCUCUGGACUCAUUUCAGCAUCUGGGACGUCAUAGUGUUACCUGUGUGGCUGAGUCAGAGGCUGGCUCAUCACUCCACGUCUGUCUGCCCGCUGGGAUUCUCUUCAUCUACCCCUAUGCAAAGAAGACACAAGUGUUAGGUGGUUUCUGCAGCAGCGGUGACAGCAGUGGCACCAGUAGACCUGAACUUUGAGGACUCUCCACACUGCUUUAAUUGUUCUGUGUGUGUAAACACCUUGCGUCACUCACACCUCUCCACCGGGUGAUUCACUGUUGCCUUAGCAUCCCCGCUCAAAGCAGGCAGUAAAAGGAAAGGUAAGGGAGGAUUUUUGCUGAGAAGUGGUUGCAAACAGUCAGGUUGGCACCAUGAAGCUGGCGUUCCUGAUGCUCGUGGCUGUGUACACGGUGGGCAAUGUAAGCAGCAUGUCUACGUGUAAGACUUUGGACCUGGAGAUGGUGAAGAAAAAGCGAAUUGAAGCCAUCAGGAGCCAGAUCCUCAGCAAACUGCGUCUGCCAAAAGAGCCUGAGCCGGACCAGGCAGGAGACGAGAAGGACAUCCCCAGCACCCUGCUGUCCCUCUACAACAGCACCAAGGAGCUGCUGGACGAGCAGCAGGUGGAGGUCCAGACGGACAUCUCCACAGAGCAGGAGGAGGAGGAGUACUUCGCCAAGGUGCUGCACAAGUUCAACAUGACCGCAAGAAAUGACUCCGACAAGACCACCAAAAGCAUUCCCAUGUACUUCAAUUUGUCAGCAAUACGAGAAAGCGUGGGGGAUUACCGCCUGCUGACCAGUGCCGAGCUACGGAUGCUCAUCAAGAACACAAGAAUAAAAGAUGAGCAGCGGGUGGAGCUGUACCAGGGUUUGGGGACACCAGCCCGCUACGUCGCUUCCCGCUUCAUCACCAACGAAUUUAAAGACAAGUGGCUGACUUUCGAUGUCACUGAGACGUUACAGACCUGGCUCAAAGGGACCGAUGAUGAACAGGGUUUCCAACUUCGGCUGUUCUGUGAAUGUGGCAAGACUGGUGAAAGUGACUUUACUUUUACCAUCUCUGGGCUCAUUAAUGGUCGGGGAGACAAAGGAAGGUUAGAAAUGUUAACACAGCAACCGCCCUACAUCCUGACCAUGUCCAUCCCUCAGAACGUCAGCAGCCACCUCACCUCACGCAAAAAACGCUCCACAGAGACAAAGGAUACCUGCACAGCCACGUCAGAGACUUGCUGUGUGCGGAGUUUGUACAUUGACUUCAGGAAAGAUCUGGGCUGGAAGUGGAUACAUAAGCCAACCGGCUACAAUGCUAACUACUGCAUGGGGUCCUGCACCUACAUCUGGAAUGCUGAAAACAAAUAUUCUCAGAUUUUGGCUCUGUACAAGCAUCACAACCCAGGAGCCUCUGCCCAGCCCUGCUGUGUUCCCCAGGCACUGGAGCCACUGCCAAUCCUCUACUACGUGGGCAGGCAACACAAGGUGGAGCAGCUGUCUAAUAUGAUCGUGAAGUCCUGCAAGUGUAGCUAAAAAUACAACAUGGCACACGGCUCUGCCUCCCCUCAAACAUAUACAGAGAUGUGUUUGAGACCACAGAGAGGAGCAUGUGAUGGAGAAAAAGGGGACAAGGAGAACAAAAUAUUUAAAAUCAUCAGGAUCUUUGUGGUCCACCUUUCCUCCUGCAAGCUCUACAAUUACCAUGUUGAACACACACCAAGCCAUGGACUUCUUUAUAUAGAUAUUAAAAGAUAUCAUUUUCUAUGUGUAUAUACUUUUCCUUGCAGUAGUAAAAAUGUCUGUCUUGAAAUGAAUUAAUUUAUUUGUUGGAGGGACAGAUCUGUAAAGAAGUGAUAUACAUGUGUGUCAGCUUGACAUGGAAAAAAUAUGUAAAACAACAAAAAAAGGUGGAUGCCAAAGGACUUGAGGACCAAAAUGACCUUAAUGGAAGAACACUUUUGUUUUCACAGAUGAUUGUCUGAGACAUUUCUGUUAUUUCCAUAUCAUCUUCCUAAAGAGGUCAUAGUUAAAGGUGCUAAAUCCCAGGUAUGGAAAACAGGGGUUGUUGGGGUUUUCCUGGACGAAAAUGUCACAGGUGUUUUUGGAGAGAGAGGCACCUUUAAAGGACAGCAGACAACCGCAGGGACAGUCCGACCUGGAAACUCCCUCUGACUGAGGAGCUGAAGCCGUCAGCCAACUGAGCAGCGUUUCACACGAACCGUCCUUCAGUUUCUACUUGCUUUGUUUGUUUGGUUUCAACCCAUGUGAUUUAUACAAUGCUUGUUUUGUGUUCAUAGUUGAAUGUCAGUUUGUUUGUUCCUUAUGAAGCCUCCCGUGCUGUCAAAGCCAUGAGUUAUAUCACCGCUUGUUAGAGUGAUGACACCACGUUUUUCCUCCCUCUCAGGAUUUACAGCCUACGUGUUGUCUUUAGAUGGUGAGGGUCAGGGGAUGUGGUUGUGGUGUUGGUUUUAGGCAAACCAUUCAGACUCAAUACACACAUUUGCUGUUUGUUUUUCAUUGACAUAGUAAAUUAGGAGCGAUUUAUUGCCUUUUAUGACAGGACAUACUUUUUACUCUGAAGUGUGAUACUUUUUGCACAACUUUAGAAUUAAUUCAGCUUAUAUGAUUUGUUUUUAGGAAUAAAACCAACACUUUUUUUUCAGUUUACCAUAUUUUUUAUAGUGCACUUACCAUUUGAAUUUGUACUUGUAAAUAUUUUACCAAUUUGAAAUAAACAUUGAUGUUAAAUUAUCACAUCAGAGUGGAAGGUU